AAUGCUUUGCUUAGUGUCACUUGUUAUCAUAAUCACUCUGCCUGGCGAUCAUUGUGUUAUGUUAAGUAGUGAGUCUGUUUUCCGUCGGUGGCUCUUUCCUCCUAAGGUUUCAAUUCCAAACAUGGUUAUCCUUCUCUGGGUCUCUCCCCCGCCUCUCCCGCUCCAUGUUUCCAACAGUCUUCAGUCCAGUAAGUCAGAGGGAACAGAAGAGGAGAAAAAGGAAACAUUGUGGGGCUGAUGUUGUAAAAUUCAGGAGGACUAGUGGAUGCCAAUGGAAUUCAAUGGAAUGGAAUUAUGAAGCAGACUUUAUUCCAACUGUUUUUUAAAAGUUUGAACCAAACAGUAAGUGUUUUUUGAAUUCUUUUGAUUGAGUUGGAGACGCCAAAGACAGAAACAUGAAUGGUGGCGACUUGUUUGGCACUAUAAUAUACAACAACACACUUUGCGAUGGAUGGACCAACAACACUGAAGGUGCCAUCUACCAUCUGGGUAACACCAUUCUUUUUUUGGGGUACAUGGGGGGCAGUGGAGCAUAUGGGGCUCUGUACAUUUUCAGUUUCUUGGCUCCCUCCUUCCUGUGUCUGGGUCUUUGGGGCUGGCUGACAGUGUGUGGCCUCGAUGUCUUCCUCUGGAACAUGCUGCUGAUGCUGCAGUGCUUGGCCCAGGUGUGUCAUCUGAUUUUUCGGCUAAUGCAGGAUGGUUUAGCCAAUGAAGAGCUUUCCGCACUGUACACAGCUGUCUAUCUGCCACUGGAUGUACCUGUGCAGGUGUUUAAAGAGAUCACUGCUGCCAGUGAGAACAAAGUGCUCUCUCUAGCGGCCGAGGAGACAUAUGCUGUGGAAGGGAAGACACCCAUUGACCAGUUGUCCUUCCUCCUUUCUGGCAGGAUUAGAGUCUCCUUAGAAGGUCAGUUUCUCCAUUAUAUCUUCCCUCACCAGUUUCUUGACUCUCCAGAAUGGGAAUCUCUUAGACCAACAGAAGAGGGGAACUUCCAGGUGACACUAACCGCAGAGACAGACUGCCAUUACAUCUCUUGGCGCAGACGUCGGCUUUACCUUCUACUGUCCAAGGAUCGUUACAUUGCCCGACUUUUCUCUGUCAUGCUUGGAAGUGACAUUGCUGACAAACUCUACUCACUCAAUGACAAGCUAUUUGCAAAGAGUGGUGUGCGCCUUGAUAUUCGUCUACCCAGUCUCUACCAUGUUCUUGCCCCCUCGCCACAGGGCAGUGAGGGCGGCAGUGCUAGCUCACCACCCCGGGGAAGCCAAGAAGAUCCUACUGUUGUCAGGGUUGAUCCAACACCUAACCAGGGCUCAGACGCAAGAAACUCCAAGCAGAAUCAGGAAAAGGCCCCUAUGCCCAAACCCCUGCACCAAAUGUGGCCCUCAGACACAGAGAUGCCCUCUGGUGAGGACUCAACCAGCUUGGUCCUGGAGGACUUUGUUGAUAUGACAGGCUCUCUAAUGGACUAUGGGAAUGAGAGGGAAUAUUUGAUGUAAAGAUUGGGGUGUUGAAGCUAACACACUGGGCCACUUCUUAAGUUAUAGGAUGACACAUCAGGAAGUUUUCCACUUCAAUUCCAAAGAGGAUGUGCUCCACUGGCCCCUACUGACACCCCUGAGCUAUAGGAAUGGCUUCAGCACUGCAAAGAGCAUAUCAUGGCCAGGAUUGGACAAUGAUACAAUUCCUAAUCUCAACACCAUCAAAACUGUAUUUCCUCUGCUGACUGAAGACAACAUUAACAAAGAUCAGUAAAUAAUCAAAUAUGCAUUUUUUUGUUUAAGGACAGGGUUUCAAAAUCCUUCCAAACCUCUCCAAAACUCACUUUUUCAGACUGAUACUGUGUUACAUGAUUACACAUUGCUGUGAAGAAUGGCUGUUUUAUAAUCAUUUACAUUGGCAUGUGAUUGUUAGCUAAAUCUGUUUGGAACACUUGAGAGGGUGGCUUUGUAAGGUAUACAGCAACAAAUGAGGUUUUAUAACAUACAAACAAAUGAAUCCAGUUUAAAGCACUUCAGAGUACACUGACAUAUAGAUUGAUAUAUAACACUGAUUGAUAGUUUAUUACAAAAUUGUGUGCUUUUAAUUUUUUUUUUUUAUUUAACACAAGAAAGAAAUAAUUGUUACAACAUCAUACACUGAUUUGAUUUAGAUUUCGCUGUAAAGAAGGGACUGUAUACUGACCAUAUUAAGAAUGUAUUUUAAUGGGGCCAACUGUUGUUUAAACUCUGGGUUAUAAUGUUACUUGAUAUUCCUCUUCAGAUGCCAUUUCAAAGCAGAGAUUAGCUUUAUGACUAAUUUUGAAUUAGCAUAUUCAGAUUUUAAUAUGGUGUCCAGUAUGGUUAUGCAGGGUGCAGAAAUGCUGAAUUUUUGUUGGACUACUCCCAAAACUUUUAAUCAUGAAAAUGCACCAGUAUGUUUAGCACAUUUGUUAUCACAUUAAGAACCAUGUUCCAAAUGACCAAGUUUCAUCAUAAACAAUUUUUCUGUAGUUGAUUGGUGUUUAAGAAAACCAAAAGUACAAAUUCAGUCACAUUAAAUUCCUCUCUGAUAUUUUACUAUUAAACUCCCCGGAACAGUGCACAAAGUAGUAAUUUUAGCAACAAAAGUAUCUGAAAUCAUAUUUUAAACACUGUAAGGGCAAAAUUUUGUGGAGAAAUCAAAAACAAUAAAUACAUCUUUUACAGAGUAUUUCAAAUUUA